GGGACGUGCCUCAGAGACGAAGGACCACAGAGAGGAAGCGGAGGGGAGCUAAAACCGAAUUCGGAUGUCACAAUGGCUGAUAUGCUCAGAAUUCCCAACAGUGGAUCAGACGGCUCAGAGGAAAACGCAGACAAGGGGGAGCAGGCCUCUGUGGAUGAAGGAGCCACGGAGAUUCGGAGACGGAUGCAUUCUCUCCCUCUCCCCCCCAACAUGCUGACGAAGCAACGGCUUUACUCAGCUCCCCCCGCCCUGUGGGCUGCCAAGAAGUGCGGUCGACAGCUGAGGAGGAUGAGCGAUGAGUUUGACUUGAUGAAGGAUGAAGAGAUGAAAAGGGAUGUGAAAGUUGGAGCAGCCAAUCAAAUGCGCCCCUCCCGUAGUUUUUUCGCCUUCCUCUGGAGCCACCUAGAAUCACACACAGAGACGAGCUACAGCUUCACACAUUCAGACGCUCGAGGAGCACACUGAGAGGGGGAGUAAACCAUGACAGCAGCUAAAGAGAGAAUGUAUCGAAACUAAAAUUAUUCUUAGAAGUUUCAUCGUUCAUUGUUGCCAUAUUUUUUGGCAAAGCUCGGAGAACACUAAAGCGUUUGUUUUUUUUCGGCAAAUGGAACCUUAUUUUUGACAAUCUUCUAAGUGCUACUGCAUUGAGCGAUCCCUAGCCUUUGUUUACAAACUUAUUCAAGUGUCAGUCAGUAAGAAUUAUUUUCAACAUAUUAUCACAGAAAAAUAAACAUAGUCGAAAUUCAAAAGCAAAAUAAGUUUGAGAUUCGACAACUAAGCUAUAGACACCCUGUGUAAUAUUUAUUAUUAUCAGGAUGUCCUUUCAUUCAGAAACUCUUCAGUGUCAUCUGUUAUUAGGGGGAGAGGAGAAACCUCUCAAAACCUCUGCUUCAUUAAUCAUUCUGAAAAUGCUUUGAACUUAACUUGCUUUGUAUUUUUAUAUUAUGAAAUUUUAGCUGCUUCU